CGUCGCACGACCGCCAUGAAUGAGUUGUUGUCAUUCGAAACGAAAUUUAUGCUCCAAAAUAUUAUAAUGUUACGAUAUUCGGGCGUUAAGUGAGGGAAGUUUAAGUACAAGUUAUAUAUCCGUGGAAUAUCUAACUACGUGGCAGUAAAUAAAAAAAUAUUUUAAAUAUGGCAUUACCCACAAUCCCUGGCUACUGGACAAGCAGACGCAAUAUCUACGAGCAGGCGAUCGUAAGUCGUCGGAAUCAUGAGACAGAUUUCAGACAGAAGUGGUCUGAAACAUCUGACCACUUCAACAAGAUGGACAUCGAUGCCUCCAAGAAGAAGACAUGGAUGUCUGAUCAGUCAUUUCAAGACAGGUGCAUGGACGCCUACAAGUCACGGACAGAGAAGGAUAUCAAAGCUCUCAGCUUGAAGCGGCGCCGAUCCAAACUAGCAGAGCUCAUACACCAAGAGAAUCUCCAGUUUGAGGCCGAGCUGCGGGGGUAUUCGCGAGAUAACUACAGUCGUAUGGAGGACAUGAGGAGUCGAGCAGAUGGACUGAAGAGUGCUCGUGAGGAGAAAAGAAAAAUUGUGGCAGAGGAGAAGCUGUAUGAACACUGGAGGCAGAACAACCCUGACAUUAGGAAGGUGGAAGAGAACCUGCUGCAGGAGCACGUGGUCAGCUCGUGGCCGGACCAGGUCAAGGAGCAGAGAGAGAGGAUGGAGAGUGCUCGGCGAGAGAAGGAGGAGUAUGAGGAGGAAAUGGAGCUAGAAAGACAGGCUGCUGUGGAAGCAGAGAAACGACGUGCCGAGGAGAAGCUGGUGGAGGAGAAGAGGUUGAAGGACGUCCUGAAGGAGCAGAUGAUGGAGCUGAGGAAGAGGGAGGAAGAGACAGCCAUGUUGAAGUCGGAGCAAGACAGUCUUCAGCGACAACAGUGGGAUUUGGAGCAGUUGGAGGACACUCGGAGGAGGACAGAGGAUGCUCGCAAGAAGCAGGAGUUUGGGCGAAUCCUGUUGCGGCAACACAAGGCCCAGCUGAUGCGGCGGUCACGGCAGAUACAGGAGGAGCUGGAACAGGACCAUAAGCUGCUGGAGGCUCUGCUAGAGAAGGAGGAGGCUGACCUCGUCCUCCACACGGCCCGAAAGGAGAAGGCCAAAGCUGAUGCUUCCUGGAUGAAACAGGUGAUCGAGGACCAGCUGAGAGUGGAGAAGGCUAGAGAGGCGGAACUGGACAUGCUGUACCAGGACGAGGCAGCACGGAUGUGGCAGAAACGGGAGGCGGACUGGGAGAAGGAGAAGCAGGCCAGAGAGAGGCUCAUGCAGGAGGUGUUGGCGAGCAGGCAGGACCAGAUUUCAGAUAAGAUGUUGGUGAUCCAGCAACGGGAGGAGGAGAUCCUGGAGCAGCGGGAGCAGUUAGUGAGGGAGAUGGAGAUCGCCAGUCAGCUGACUCGGCGUGACCUGGAGCAGCAGGACGCAGCCCGGGAGGAGCUCAAGCUGAACCUUGCUGAACAGGUAACCGCUCGGCGAGAUCGUGAGGAGUCAGCGAGAGAUCGGCUCCAGGAUGAACUAAAUGAAGAGAAGGUAGCAGUGGAUAAUUACGAGGAUAUCCUUCGUCAUGAGACUGACAGGAUGAAGAUACAUGGAUAUACACCACGGCAACAUGGGAGGAGACAAGCAUGGAUGUGAGGAGAUGACUAUGAACGGUGUACAUCACACCAGGGAAUGGGGGGUUACGACCUUCAUGGCUGUACAUCACACCGGGGAAUGGGGGGAUACGAGGAGACGACUAUGAACGGUGUUCAUCGCACCGGGGAUGGGAGGAAACGACUAUGAACGGUGUACACCAAACCGGGGAUGUGAGGAGACGACCAUAAAUGCUGAACGUCAAAGCAGGGAUGGGACAAUGGGGUAGGGUGGGGUGUUGUUUAGUGAAGUACUCCUCAACAUGGUCGCACUCACAGUUCCAGACUUGUGAGAUGUGACCAUCAUUGAGGUUACACCGAGCUGGAUGGUGAGAGAUGUAGAUGAGAGAAUGAAACCAACACUGAGAAAGUUCACCAUGUUGAGCAUGGAGGUAGGCAGCUUUUACCCCAAAGGUCUUCUAAAACCUCACGCCAGUCACGUAGACAAGGUAGCAGGUAGACAAGUUCCUGGAUGAAGAAGUGUUCUAGUUACUGCACUAUCACUGCUGGAGUAUAGUACCAGCCGGGUGUAUCAGGCAGCGCCAUGAUGUCACUCUCCGUGGGCUUGUGUGUCAGUCAGUGUCAGCAGGCUGAACAGUGGUACAGGAAAGCUGAAACCCUCUGUGGUUGCUACAGAAUGUGAUAUUUGACAAAUUUUAACAAAUUCCUGUGUAUGGAUGAUUGUAAAUAAGGAGAUGCAUGGUGACUCUUCCAUGUUGGCUGACAUAAGAGGAGAAGGGUCAUCUCAGUAACCAUGACGACAGCUGGACGGAACUGUCAAUGACCCGUGUCACUCAGUGGUCACCCAGUGGCCGAUUCAUGAUCUGACUGACUUUUUAACUAACAUUUUUUACAUUUGUAUAUUUAUCAUUUCAAUAUGUUACAUGUUUGUAGCGUUAUUAUUUGUUACCAUGGUUACAUACCGAUGUCAAAUUGCUGAUGUAGAUACAGUAACCAAAGAUGCAGUCACAGGUAGACAUGUAGACCCGUGUUCCUCAAGGAGACCUGUGGACCUCUUACCGGCACACAACGUUUGGGUUCAUACUGAAGUCAGAACUGCCACAUUUGCAUUUUCACAAUGAUGUGCUUUUGUAUUAACCUCCUGACUUGGGUACAGGUGAAUUACACUGUCUUGUUACUGGUAACUAUAGGCUGGAGCCUAUCUUCAAACUAGGUGAAAAAGUUCACCCAUACCUUUUCAGUGAAUGACCCUGCUCUUUUCAGUUUCCUAUGAUUGUGGGUUCAAAUCCCGGUUAUCCCCGAUUAUGUUUCUAGGUUUGUCAGCACCAUACCUGUGCUCGUGGGUUUCACUGAAGUGGUAAACGUCUGACUCCUGCAUCACUUCGGACUUUCCUCCCACCCCACAUUAACCUGACAUGCCGCGAUAUAACUGGAAUACUGUUAAAAGCUGUGUUAAACCCAACUCUCUCAUUCACACUCCAGUGUUUACUUAUAAUAUGUUUGUUGAUGUUGCUUCUAUUGAGAACAUCCUCUUUCUCCAGGACUAGCAUUUGGGUAAACCUACAGUAACCCCUGGACCCAUCCCUGUUGUUCUCGCAAUCUUAAAAUACCUGUCCUUGAUUUCCAUUAAAAUUUUAUCGACCAAUCAAACGUUGAGAAAAGGAAAUGGGUAAGGGAGGCAACUCAGACUGCCAAGACACCAAAGACAACCAGUUUUGAGGGACAUGAAGACAUCCUUUCCAUCAAAUAUAUUUUUGAGAGCUUUCUUUUGCGUAUCAGCUCUUAAUUUCUUACAAACACUAGCGUAAUCAGUGAGACUGCCCACUAUGUUGUUGAUAUCACCAACCCCACAUUGAGGCUGGUUUGUAACUAGCAUUCUGAUUGGUAUGUUAGACCUAGUAGCGUAGCCAGUCAAAUUGGCCGAAGGAAAUCAAGGGGCAGGUAUUUUGUGAUUUACAAGUACCGUGGGGAUGGGUCCAGGGGUAAGUGGAGGUUUACUGAAAUGCUAGCCCUGGAGACACAGAGGAUGGCAGAAGUACAUUUGUCACAUACUCGAUACAAUAAGCUGUCUUAAUGUUUUAAAUAAAAAUGAUGAUUAGGCACCAGGUUUAUUUUAACCAUACUAUUAGGAUUUAGACCACUGGCACUCUUAUAAGUAGAGAUACCCGGGGUGACAUUUCAGUUAGUGUCCCUGUAAAUGGUAGCAGGUGCUUGUUGCUGCCAGUAGUGUGUGUGUCGGCAGCUGUUUAGCUAAGAAACAUACACAUAUACAGCCUGGUCGUAUUUGCAAACUUUAUGAAAAAGUGGAUGCAACGUUUUGUACUGUGUUUUGACAUUUGUAUCAAAAAGGAGACAAUGGAAAUAGCUGUUCACCAUGUAUAUAGUGAAUUGUGUGUGACAUUCCUGUACAUCAAGUGUCUCCACCUUCAUGCCAGUCAUCACAAAUAAAUUAUGA